UUAGAAACCGAUGAGGUCAUCCACACCAUUAGUAGCGUGCGUCAGAAUCCAUCCAAUCCGAUCCCCCAAGCCACUAGUGGCCCAUCCCGUCUCUGUCCGCCCCCCAAUCUCAGCCAUUUCUCAGUCCUCACUCUCCGCCCACAAACCUUCAGCUCAACAGCACCAGAGGCGGAGACUUCUGAAUUUUCCGACUCCUGCUGCAGCAGCAUGCCGUUUCCCGUCGUCGACGGCGAUUACCUCAAGGAGAUCGACAAGGCCCGCCGCGACCUCCGCGCUCUCAUCGCCUACAAGAACUGCGCCCCGAUUAUGCUCCGUCUGGCGUGGCACGACGCCGGGACAUACGAUAAGAGCACGAGGACCGGCGGGCCGAAUGGCUCCAUAAGGAACGACGAGGAGCUGGCUCACGGUGCCAACAGUGGCCUGAAAAUCGCUCUUGGUUUCUGCGAGGAAGUGAAGGCCAAGCAUCCGAAGAUUACUUACGCCGACCUUUUCCAGCUUGCUGGUGUUGUUGCAGUUGAGGUAACUGGAGGUCCAACCAUCGACUUUGUCCCCGGCAGGAAGGAUUCAAAAGUUUCCCCCAAGGAAGGGCGACUUCCGGAUGCCAAACAAGUCUGCAUGUUUGUAGUAAUACUUGGGAGUAAUUCUACAUUUUCUGGUGCAACUGUGUGCUAGGUUCGCCACAUUUGAAGGAUGUAUUCUACAGGAUGGGUCUCUCCGACAAGGAAAUUGUGGCACUAUCAGGUGGCCAUACUCUGGGAAGGGCACAUCCAGAGAGGUCAGGCUUCGAUGGCCCUUGGACCAAGGAACCCCUGAAGUUUGAUAACUCAUACUUCGUGGAGCUGCUGAAAGGGGAGACUGAAGGACUAUUGAAACUUCCAACUGACAAUGCCUUAUUGGAUGAUCCUGCUUUCCGACCUUUUGUUGAUCUCUAUGCAAAGGACGAGGAUGCGUUCUUCAAGGACUACGCAGCGGCACACAAAAGACUCUCCGAGCUAGGCUUCACUCCAGCCUCCUCGGCCUCCAAGGUCGUGCCCUUAGACGGCACCGUACUGGCUCAAAGCGCCGUCGGAGUAGCUGUUGCUGCUGCGGUGGUGAUCUUCAGCUACCUGUACGAAGUCCGCAAGAGAGCCUAAUUAAGCAGACCCGGCCCGGCCCGGCCCGGCCCAUAUAUGGAAAUAGUUAGCCCAAUUAGAACAAGCCCUUCCAUUACUUACCUGAUAUGCGUGACCAAAAUAAACUCCGUACCCUCCUUUUCAAUACCCAAACCUCACGUUCCACUAAACCCUAUAGUCAAGUUGAAUCACAUGCUGUAUGAAAUGCUUGAAUAAGCAAAAAUUCUACCGUAUAUUUUUUUUUCCCAUGCUACCUCUAUUACGGUUUCACAUUAUUGUUCUAUUAGUCCUAUACAAUAUUGUUAGUUAAAAUCCGUUUAAUACUCAUUACAAUAACA